UUCCGUACAAAGGCAAAGACAUUUGCGGAAGUGUUUUUGUGUCGGGGCGUGUCGGCUUGUCAGAUAUAAAAACCAGUGAAUAACCUGUGUCAUUCUUCAUGUGAGUCUAACUCUUGCUGAGGAACAAACGGAGAUCAUCUAACAGCAGGAUGGCAGCAGCAACCCCUCUGACUACAGCCAACACCACCUUCUCUCUGGCUCUGCUGAAAAAGCUGAGUGAGGACAACAGCACCUCCAAUGUCUUCUUCUCUCCUUUCAGCAUCUCCUCAGCUCUGGCCAUGGUGAUGCUGGGAGCCAGAGGCAACACAGCCACCCAGAUGUCAGAGGUUCUCGGUUUCACUAAGGCGGAUAAGAUGACGAAAGCAGGGCCGCCGCAGAUGCAGAUGCAGCAGCAGCAGCAGGUCCAAUCCAAACUGCCAGCGUAUCUGUUAAAGACCUUGAAAACCCUGGAUAUCCAGGAUGACAUCCACUCCAGUUUUUCCCAGCUGCUGGGCGAGCUGAACAAGCCGGGCGCCCCAUAUGCCCUGAGUGUCGCCAACAGACUCUACGGCGAGCAGUCCUACCAGUUUGUUCAGGAUUACCUUGAGAAAACUGUGAAGCACUACCAAGCAGAACUGGAGAAGGUGGACUUUUCCAAAAACUCUGACGCAGCGAGGGUCAAUAUUAAUGGCUGGGUGGAGAGCAAGACACAAGGUAAAAUUAAGGACUUGCUGGCCGAGGGAUCAGUGAACGGGUUGACCAGGUUGGUUCUGGUCAACGCCAUCUACUUUAAAGGGAACUGGAACAAGCAGUUUAAUGCGACUGCCACCAAGGAAGCUCCGUUCAAAAUCAACAAUAACGAGACAAAGCCUGUGCUGAUGAUGUACCAGAAAUCAAAGUUUCCCCUUACCUUCAUCUCAGAAGUCAACUGCCAGAUCCUUGAGAUGCCGUACCAAGGGAAGGAGCUGAGCAUGCUCAUCUUUUUACCUAAUAGCAUGGAGGGAACAACUGGUCUGGAGAAGCUGGAGAAGGAGUUAACGUAUGAGAAGUUCAUGGAUUGGACCCGUCCAGACAUGAUGGAUGACACCGAGGUCAAUGUGGGCCUGCCUAGGUUCAAGUUGGAGGAGAAAUAUGACAUGAAGAGCGUCCUGAUGAGCAUGGGCAUGGUGGACGCCUUCGAUCAAGGGAGGAGCGACUUUUCCGGCAUGUCUCCUGCCAAUGACCUGUACGUGUCUGAGGUUUACCAUAAGGCCUUUGUGGAGGUCAACGAGGAGGGAACUGAGGCCGCUGCUUCUACCGGCGUCGUCAUGAUGCUGCGCUGCGCCAGGAUUCCUGCCAAGUUCAUCGCCGACCAACCCUUCCUCUUCUUCAUCCGACACAACCCCUCCAUGAGUGUUCUCUUCGCUGGUCGCUACUGCUCACCUGUGUGAGCUUUGUCCUUUAGAGUGAGGUUUCUGAACAGGAGGGAGGUCACAGCGCUGUGAAAACAGAUCUGCGGUUUCCAUCCUGUAGAUGUCAAACCAGUGCAGAGGAUUUUUACCUCUUUUUCAUGUGCCUUGCUGUAAUGUUAGUCUCUCACUGUUUAACCAAACAUGUUUGUUCAUGUUUGUAAAACAGCCCUGUUAGCUGCAGCUAGUUUGUAUGUUAAUGUGUCCCUUGAAGAAUUUGUUUUUUAAUCAUUUUGCCUUUUUAUCAACUGGCAGCAUAAACAAAACUGAACCCCAUGGUUGCAACAUUAUUUGCACUUUAUCUUCACAAAAUAUUAGAAUAAAUAAUGGUUUUUACACUUGAAGCAUAACCAAAGAGAAAUGAGAUUCUACAUAAAGCUUUUGUUGGAUCCAUAUCUUUGUAAUAAACGAGUAACUUGAAA